GUUUUGCAAGUUCGAGUCCUGGUGCUUCAUAGUUACUUCCAGAUAUAGCGCAAAAAAGUACACAUACGCAUUCUUUUGCGUUAUAUCUGGAAGUAACUGCUAGACCAAAUAGCCCCACAGACGGUGCAUCUUCUGGUGCUCCAACCAGUUCAAUGUGCCGUCAGGACAUCGGCGAAGUUCAGCUGAUAAGGAAAGCGACGCAGCGUAAUGCUUGCACACCUGGGCUUGAGGUGAGCAGAGCGAGGUUAAGAACGUAUCACGCGACAUCGAGAGCACGUAAUUCGAAGAAUAACUCGAAUGACGCAGUGACGAGACAGGAAUAGAGUAGAACAUCCGCCAGUCUAGCCUCGACACUAAAUGUUUAAAUGCUAGCUAUUCAAUAUGCUCCCUCCUGUUUAUUUCCAGUGGGAAUGCAAGGCCGAGAUGAAAUCGCAGAAGUUCGGUUUGAUUCAAGUUAGAUGCGAAGGAUACGAUUCUCCUCAAGACGAAUACGUACUGCUGGGAUCUUGCAGACUGGAGUACUAUCUGGAGAGAACCGAAUUUGGCGGUGGCUCAUUGCCGAGCAUACCCGCGCAUCAGACACACCAUGAAGAGGACCUCUCCUCUGAGACGCUUCUUAAUUUCGUCAACGUCAUCAUUUUUGUUCUGGCGGCGAUUGGCUUCUGCGUUGUGUGCCUCUGCUGCUUGGCCCUUUGUGCGGAGAGCGCCGAUCGUCACAGCCAUACGCAACUCGUAAUCGUACCCGAAGCCAGCCGCAGUACAUCGCAUCCGAACUUCAAUAUGUACUACUAUGCCGCGUCAAGAGAAUCUCCGUACGGAAACUACGGUUUGGUCCGGAUAUCUGGCUGGGAAGCUCACCGGGAGGACCUGGUUGUGGACCGGGUGCCUCGACGGGUGGUCCGUUAGGCUAUUUGUAUGGAAACAGGGC